AUGAACAAUAUAACAGGAAUGCGUGGAGAUACAAUUGAAUUUAGAUGUAAAAUAGAAAAUGCUGGAAAAUACAAAAUUGCAUUUUUCCGAGAGGGAAUACCCCCAAGAUUAAUUGCUUAUGAUGAAUCUAUAUUUCGUCGAACAGAUAAAUACCAACUUUUAUCUAAACUAAAUGGAAAUCAAUGGCUUUUGAGGAUUAAGGAUAUACAAGAAGACGACUCUGGUGGUUAUAUUUGCCAAUUAAAUUCCAAUCCGAUUUUAACAAAAAUUGGCUAUUUAAAUUUAAAAAGUAAUUUGAUUUUAAACAAAAAUUUAAAUGAUUUAAAAGUUCCUCCAAUAAUUUUAAAAAGUUCAACUCCCGCAGCUGUAGAAGUACGUGAGGGAUUAAAUGUCACCUUGUCUUGUAAUGCUAGAGGCAAUCCUUUACCUACCAUAGUUUGGAGGAGGGCGGAUAAACAAAUUAUUAAAUAUGGAAAAAAUGAUGGGUAUGGAGAUAGUGUACAUAAAGGCCCAGAAUUGGUGUUAAGAGGGGUUUCUAGACAACACAUGAGUGAAUAUAUCUGCACUGCUUCAAAUGGAAUAUUUCCAGACGAAUCUUGGACUAUAAAAUUACACGUUCUUUUCGAGCCCGUUGUUGUUCCCCAAAGGUUAAUUGUAGAAGCACCUUUAAAUGCAACCUUUGUAAAAAUGGCAUGUACAGUAGAAGCCUGGCCUAGGGCCAAUGUAGUUUGGCUAUUUCAAAAUAAACCGUUACACGAUUCUGAAAAGUAUUCAACGGAGCAAUCAGUAUCUGAACGUUAUCGUUCAGUCCACAUUUUAAAAAUUAAAAAUGUUAAAAAUUCUGAUUUUGGAAGUUACAAAUGUGUAGCUAAUAAUGAUUAUGGAAGCCAUUUUGGUGAAAUUAGACUUGUUGAAUUGCCUUUAAAUCAACAAUAUUCUUAUGCAAAUAAUUAUCAGACAAUUAGUGAAGGCUCAGGUAUUUACCCAAAUAUCGAUGAAGAAAAUGAUGAGGAAGAAUGGGGCGAUACAGGUAUUGAAAACCCUUUCGGAAUACUCACAACAACAACAACUUCCUCUUUGUGGUUACAGAAACAGCAGGCAAUUUCUGAUAAAGAAUUACGAAGAAGCAUAACUCCCUCUUCUUCUGUUUAUUUUCGUAAUUAUGACCAGAUAACAACUUUAAAUAAAAGUUUAAAUAAUAGAAGAGCUUUUAAUUGUUUUAUUUUAAUAGAAAUUGUGAUUAUUUUUAUAUUUCGUUUUUUAUUAAAUUUUUAAUUUAAUUUUAUGGCUCAAUAAUUAAAUAAAUAAUUUUUUUUUAAUUUAAAUAAUUUUUUAUUUUUUUAUAUUUUUUAUUUUUUCGUUUACGAGUUUUAAUGAUGAUUUUGAUGAUAUUCAUGAUCGCCAAGGUCACUAAGGUGUUGAAGGGAAUUUUUAGAUUUGCGCAAUUUAAGUUGGGCAUUUUUUGAUAU